CCCAGAGGCAACACCUUCUCUUAAACCUCCUCUGCCAGCUUUCCUCCAGGCAUCUCUUCUUCACAUCCCUCCCCACAGACGAAUCUGAUCUGUGAGAUUGCAACUUUCCUCUCAUUUCUCUCUCAGAGUUGCCUGUCGUGGUUCGGUUGACUGGCUGGGGAGCAUAGGAAGUCUUUGCCAUUUGGCUCAUUUCUCAUCUAUUCCCUUCUUUUUCCUGACGCCCUACCCAGACAAGUCCAAGAGACUCGACUAGCUCAUGCGUCGAGGUUACCUAGUUUAAUAUCGACACAGUCAACGUGUUGAGUAGUAUGCCGGCCCAUCCCUUCUUCCUAUUUGCAUAUUGACACAGCUCCUGAGAACGGCACAGGCUCUCAUGUCAAACAUGUCGCUCCCCGUCCAAGCGGACUCAGAGACGCACUCUAUCCAGAUCAUAUCAAAUGAUAUGAAAAUGCUGGUUAAGAAGAUCCAGGAUCUCCGCCAUUUGGGCAUAGAGGAUAAUAACAUUGCCUUACCCAAGAUCUGCGUUGUUGGAGACCAGUCCACUGGGAAGAGCUCUCUCAUCGAGGGUAUGAGUGAGAUCAAAGUUCCUAGAAGCGCUGGAACAUGCACUCGCUGUCCUAUGGAGAUCAAUCUGUCCGAGAGCAAUCCCGGGGAAGCUUGGACGUGUCGAGUACUGCUUUCGAGGAAAUACAUGUUUGACGGUUCACGCAAGGUGACAAAGCUCCCGAAGAAAUCUCUGGGCCCCUGGGUCGAACAGGAAGAAGAAACGGAAGAGUUUUGCAUUUUGAAGGAUAAGUCAAAGGUCCAGGAGGCGUUGAGAUGGGCCCAACUCGCGAUUCUCAACCCGUCGCAACCGACUAACUAUUACGCCCCUGACAACAAUCCGAACACCGAUCCUUCAUUCACCCAAGUCAAGUUUUCCCCAAAUGUGGUUCGUUUGGAUAUCUCUGCUCCCGAUUUCCCCAACUUGUCCUUCUACGAUUUACCCGGCGUCAUUAGCCAAGCCGAGAUUGAUGAAGAACGCUACCUCGUCGCCCUUGUUGAAAAUCUUGCCAAGGAAUACGUCUCGAAGGAUAACUGUAUCGUCCUUCUAACGUUGCCCAUGACGGACGAUGCAACCAAUUCCAGCGCUGCACGUAUCAUUCGGGAUACUCGCGGGGCGAAGAACAGGACUCUUGGGGUGUUGACGAAGCCGGAUCGGAUACAGCAGGGCGAGUCACUCAGCCAGUGGAUUGAAAUUCUUGAAGGUGACAAGUUUUCUUUGGGCCAUGGAUAUUACAUCGUUAGAAACACCCCGGACACGUCAGUUGAACAUUCAAGGGCUCGAGAGGAAGAGGAAGACUUCUUCUCGACUCAUCCUUGGGCCACCGAACUGGCGCCUUACAAAGAUCGGUUUGGAACCAGACGAGUGCAGGCAGCGCUCUCCUCAUUGCUGCUUGAGCAGAUACAGGGGAGCCUACCCCGUGUUAUCCAGCAGAUCGAUGAAAAGGCUGCCCGGGUUGAUGCUGAACUCCGGACGCUUCCCGAUCCCCCGUCCGCCAACGUACCUUAUAUCUUGUGCGGGAAACUGAACCACUUCAAGGAGCAGAUUCGAGCCAAUGUAGACGGCGGAUCGUCAGAAUACCCCCUUCAGAAGAUGUGGCGGCAUCUUACGGAAGAUUUUCAGCACUCUCUUGCAAAGACACGCCCCACUGUCGAGCUGAUGUCUGCCCCUGAAAGGAUGGCAUACAAAGCCACGCUCAAGGCCGACAUUGCUGACGAUGAUGACGGCGAUAAUGAUGACGAUGUAACUGCCAUUGAUGGGUUAACUAAUCGCGAAAACCCUGUAUACCAACAGUCCACCGCUGAUAUGAAGAAAAAACCGGCCAGUUUAGCUUCUGGAUAUAAGACUAUCCAUUUCAAGAUAUUCGACCAGCCUUUUAAAAAGUUCACUUGGGAGGAAAUACGAGGAAUCAAUCAGGAUUCGUACAGCGCGGGGAUCCCUGACCAGACAGACCCUAAGGCGGUCGACAUCAUGAAUCGGAUAUCUGUCCAGCAUUGGGAUAAACCAAUGAUUGUCUUCCUCACUGUAACUCAUAAGCUAGUGAAAAACAUGUUGCUGGGACAGCUUGACGCGGUUUUUAGCGAGUAUCGCCAGACCAGCUUGUACAGAGAGUUAAAACACAUCCUCGAGGAGUACCUCCACUCUCUCCGUACGGAGCAUUUUCAGCAUGCCGAGCAAAACUACAGCGUCGAAUUCAACAAGCCAUUUACUAUGGCACUUCCAGCUUUAAACCAGGCGAGGAAGACUGCGUCUCAAUAUCUGAGCGCCUGCCGCUUUAGAGCCAGAGCUAAGGCAUAUCUGGAAGUUCGCUCAAAGUUCAAGCUCGGUGACCCGCGUAGGGAGAGCGAAUUGAAAAGACUGACAAACGGGGACUUGGGCGACGAUCCAUACAGCCAGGAACUCGACAUGAUGGCGAGGUCUCGAGGCUACUAUGAAAUCGCUAGUUCCCGCUUCGUUGAUUCGAUCUGUCAGGGAGUCCAAAUGAAGCUCUUUUCCAAAUGCCGUGAGGAUCUUGUUACCGUCAUCGAGCAAAAACUGAGUAUCUUCGAUGACAAUGGUAUGUUUGCUGGUUGCUACUGUAUCGAAUAUCUCUUUCUCUCUCCCCACGGAAACUUAUAACGCUGACAUGAAUACGUCUCCUAGCAUUGGAUCGAUGCUUGGAAUUGAUGGCCGAAGACCCUGAGCGCCAGCACCGACGUCAGGACCUUAUCAGGGAGCGCGAGAAGUUGUCCAAGGCGCAGGAGUGGCUUUCCACGGCCAAAAAGGAUGACGAUGGCAGCGAAACGAUGGACGGAAUUGAAUCCCAAUUCGGUAUGCGUUUGUCGACCCCUUUAUUCAAAAAGGAGUACGAUUUGGCUUGAGAUUUCUGGAUAUGGACAGGAAGUAUAUUGUCUCGCGAACUCAGAUAAAUACUCUUGCCACUUUCAUUCCCGGGAAAGAAAUUUGUUGGAUCCAUGUCGACGUGUCCAAGGUUUAAUUCUAGUUGGUUCUACUGUGCAGCAGGUACUGCAAAAGGCGCACUGUGUGGAUGCUCCAGGGUUCGAGGAUGACUGUAGACACACAGUUUGAUUUAUUAUGGGUUUAGGGAAUAAAUGUUGUCGAGGC